AUGGUGAAUGAAUACAAGGAAAUUGUUCUUAUAAAAGGAUUAGAGGACAUGAAGGACUAUGCAUUUAGAACCAUCAAGUCCUUACUAAGAAAAGAACUAAACCUAACUAAAAAAAUGCAAGAUGAUUAUGACAGGAUUCAACUGGCUGACCUGUUGGAGGACAAGUUCCCCCAAGAUGCUGGACUAGGCAAAUUGAUAGAAGUGUGUGAGAGCAUCGAAGAGCUUAAAGAGCUCACUGACAAUCUUAAAAGAGAGAAGGCAAAAGUUCAAAAGAAAAAUAAAAUAAAAGGCAAAAUGGCUGCGAAAAAAAGAAAGCAAGAUGAACCCAGUACUUCUGAAUCAAACAAAAAUAAACCAUCUUCAAAGAAAAAGAGAAAACAAAACACAAAAACUGAAGGUGGAAAGAAGAAGAAGCUCGCUCAGGAGCAGACUCAGCUUCCAGAACGUUCAGGAACUGAUAUAAAAAACGAUGAAGAUUGUCUCCAGACCCCUCAUAAGCCUCCACCAACACCACCCAGCAUUUCCUCAAGCAAGAAACAGAAAAACACAAACAUCAAAAAUCAUAGUAUCAUAAAGACAAAGGGUCUCCAGGAAAAACAGCAGCUCGUAGAAUUUUCAACAACCAGCAACUUCCCAGCUUCAAGUGAAAUCCAGACUUUUGAAGGACAUCCAGCCAUUGCUCCUAGCAGACGUCAGUCUUCUCAUAAGCCUCUAGAAGCACACGUGGAUUUAAAGACGUCCCCACGCUCUCCAACAUCACCUUGCCAGAAUUUCCCAUUGUCUCCAGCCUCAGACUCCAGCAUCCACCUGAACUCUCAUGUGCCUUCUACACUGUUUGGUGGUGUCCAGGUUCCUCAUGUACCAUCAGCAACAGCACUCAGUAAUGUUGGGGUCCCUCUUACGUCUUCAAAAUCAGUGUUCCACUCUUCCAGUGCUCUUCAGAAGUCUCCAAUAACAGUAUCCAGCAGCAUCCAGGACCUUCCCCUUCCUACACCAGCAGCACCAAAUAGCACAGAGGCUCCUCAAAGGCAAGCAAUAGCAACCAGAAGUGUCCAAAAUACCAGAGUGCCUUCAGCAACACUGACAAGCAAAGCCCAUCCCAUAAAGAUGCCUCCUCCAGGAACAGCAUCCAACAAUGCUCAGGUUCCUCAUUCUCUAGCAACCACGUCCAGAAGCAUCUCUGUCGCACAGAGAACAUCUAGUAGUGGUCAGGCUCAUAACUCUGCUACAGUAAAAGCAUCCAAGAAUGUCCAGGCCCCUCGAGAAUAUAUACCAAGCGUACCCAAUUAUUUCCAGGCUUCUCAGGCACCUCCAUCAGCAACACCCAGUAGUGUUACAGCUCCUCAGGUACCUAGGUCAAUAGAUAGAAGCAGAGCCCAGGCUACUCAAAUUCAUCCAGGAACAGGAUCCAUUCCUGCCCAAGCUUUUUAUGUUCCUCCAUCAACAAUGUCCAGAAGUGGGUGUGCCACUCAAUUGAUACAAGAAGCAGCAUCCAGUACUGGGAAGGCCCUUCCCCGUCCUAAAGUAGAAGCAUCCAGGAAAGUCCAGGCACCUCCGAUGCCUUCAGCAACAACACCCAGAAGUCUCCUGGCUCCACAUGCAGCUUCAUCAACAGCAACAAGAUACAGUAGUCCAUCCAGGACACCAAGGAGAAGAGCUGUACCAAAGGAGCCCUCUAGGGAAGAAGGUCACCACCAAGGUCCCAAACACGUAAUGGUGUUGAAAGUAACGGAACCAUUUAUAUACGACAUGAGAGAAGGCAAAAUGAUGUUCCAUGCCACUGUGGCUACUGAGACUGAAUUCUUCAGGGUGAAGGUAUUCGAAAUAACUCUAAAGAGCAAGUUUGCCCCAAGAAAGAUCAUUGCCAUAUCUGAUUACUUUGGGUGCAACGGGUUUCUGGAGAUAUACAAACCUUCCUGUGUGUCUGAUGUGAACAUUAACCACACGAUGGUUGUCCCAAAUACACUGAGGCAAAGAGCCAACGCAACUCCGAAAAUUUCUCAUCUUUUCUCACAAACAAGAGGGACAUUUGUGAAUGGAGAGUACGUAGUAACUAAGAAAAUUGAGAGGAGUAAUUUCAUUUACUAUGAAAUUGAAGAUGAUACAGGGAAAAUGGAAGUGGUGGUCCAUGGACGACUCACCAAUAUCAGGUGUGAACGAGGCAGUAAACUUAGACUUGUCUGCUUUGAAUUGACUUCCGCUGAAGAUUCAUGGCAGCUGAAGUCUGUAAGUCACAGUUAUAUGCAGGUACAAUGUAAAGGAAAGCCAGUCAACUGACAUUCAGUUAUGAGAAUCUCUCUGGAACCAUACUUCUGAAAACCUGGAUGUCAGUGAUACUGUUUGCGGAGAUAAGACUCAAGUACAGAAAAUAAAUGUGCAUGUAGCCCAUUGAAAUACCAGCCCUUUAAAAACCAGCUCUUAAUUUUAGGAAAUUGUGCUUUCUUAGAUUCUUUAUACAUUUUUCUUUGAUCUAAAUUUCAUAUUUUGUUUCUAUAACUUCUAUAAUUAUUGAUUUGUAAGUUUUAUACUUAAAAUGUAAACACACACACACACACGUUUUCUAUAAAGCAGUGUACCUUUGAGAGGAUCUUUGAACUGUUUGAGAAUUGCUGUAAAAUAAAAAGUUAGUGACUCCUAGAUAUAACUAGAGAAUGCAGGCUGCAAAUGUGACAAAACAUGUUCAGGAGCAAAUAGACUAUGUGUUUUCUGCCCAUAAAAGUCAAGGUAUUAAUAAGAUGCUGGAGAAGCCUGAAUCAGCCUUGAGUGUAGUUUCCAAAAUUAAUAUGCUGAGUAUAGGACGAAACCUUUAUGCUGAGUACUGGAGAGUUUAGUCAUUUGGAAAAAUCCUGCCCCCAUGAGGUGUUUGGGGUGGGGUGUACUAUUUUCAACGGAAAAGAAUCACACCGUCAAUUCCACAGUGAAAUAAAAUCACUGGAAAAUUUUAAAGCAAAAUGAAGAAGGUUUAUGAUAAGGGAAAUCAAAGGAAUUAAGAAAUUAGUAUUCCCAGAGAGGCCUGUCUAGAGUAUUGCAUUCUCUCACUGCUGUGAAAACUUACUUGACAAAAGCGACUGAAGGAACAAUGGGUUUAUUUUUGCCCAUGCGUUAAUGGUGGAGAAAAGUGAGGUGGCUGGUCAUGUACCUGCAGGAGGAAGCAGAGAGAGGUGAGUUCUAGAGUCUCUCUCUCUCUCUCUCUCUCUCUCUCUCUCUCUCUCUCUCUCUCUCCUUUCUUCCACUUUCUUUUUACUUUCUUCAGUUAAGGACCUGACCCUAUUCAAUGAUACCAUCCACACUUAAAAGAUGAGUGUUUGCAAAUUCCUUAGCACAGUCUAGAAAGCCCCCAACCCCUUGCACAUGCUCAAAGGAUUCUCACAAGUGAUUCCUGAUUCUAUCAGGUUUACAUUCAAUAGUCACAGUCAAACCGGGCAGUGAUAUAAAAUGGAGGUAAGAAGCACAGAUAGGGCUUCAAUAGAAAUAUAGGCAGGAAGAGGCAAAAGCUAAGAGUGCCUCUCUCAUCUUAUAAAUCCAUAUCUUAUUCCCAAUUCUAAUGAUACUGGAAAUUUGUACUUAAUAGGAUGCGUUUAAUUCACAGUCUCUUCUCAUCAAUAGAUUAAUGUCACUAGGAAGCAUUUGUGGGAGGACCUUCUGUAUGUUUGUUUUCCUUGUAUUAGUUGUUUAGCUUAGCUUUGCUCUUCCAACAUGUGAGGGUGAGACAGACUACUGUUUAGUACCUUGAAACUCCACUUUUCUCAUCCUAUAAUCACAAUGCAGUUUCUAGCCAGAGAUUAUUAUCCACGACUACUGUGUACACACACCAUUCUGCAAACAUUGCAUCAGAAACCUAUUGGCAGCGUGGAGACCCACACACAUCAGAUUGCAAAUAUGUGUGUAUAUAUAUAUAUAUAUAUAUAUAUAUAUAUAUAUAUAUGCUGUGAACCUUGAAAAUGAUUAAUGGCCUUAGGAAUGCCUUCAUUAAAACCUUACUUAUAUUCAAACGUGUCACAGAAACUUCUUGAUACCGUGCAAGAUAGCUAGGUCCAGCCUAGACUAGUUUGAGUAAAUGUACAUUCAGACAAACAGUGUCUUUAAAGUGAACUUUUAUGAUGGAUACCUGUUUACCACCUCCUUCCUAUGUAUACCUGUGUGUACAUAAUCAAACUGCUCUGUGGAAAGGGACAUGCACAAGGAGUAAAUGUCUACCUGGUCUAAGCCCAUCUGUUGAAAUAAAGACUCAGCUGUGUUACAUCCCUUCAGCAAAACAACUCCUCCUCUUGAACUCCUUGAAAGAAACUCCAAGCAAAAACUGGAACCUGGGAAUACCUUUACUUAUAUGGCCCACAGUUGCUCUCCUCACAUUAUUGCCUUCUGAUCUGGACUGUUAUUUGCUUUGAAGAACAUUUCACUGCUUCUAUACAAAUCUGUGUGAGCUUUUACCCCAAAGCUUUGAAUAAAAGGGCAAGAUUUUGGAAA